AGGUGCCGACAGGGAGUUGCGCUACUGUAUAUACUGUGGCAUUGCUGUAAGAAAGGCAAAACUGUGAACGUUAGUUCCGGUAUUAUCUUAUCUUAGUCCAAUUCAACUGCAGUUUUACUUUCUAAAACUUUUUGUUGUUCAACAAUGGCAUUGCCACCGGCAUUGGAAACGUUAUUUAAGUAUAUAGAUGAACAUAAGCAAGAAUAUAUAAAGACCUUGGAAGAAGCAGUAGCUAUUAAAUCUGUAUCAGCAUGGCCGGAUCAAAGAACAGAGAUAGUGAAAAUGAUGAAAUGGGCGGACAUAAGGUUGAAAAAUCUUGGAGCAACUACAGAACUAGUUGAUAUAGGUAGCCAGACUCUCCCUGACAACAGUGAAAUUCCUCUUCCUCCUGUGUUGCUUGGGAUCCUUGGAUCUGAUCCAAAGAAGAAAACCGUACUUGUAUACGGACAUCUGGAUGUGCAGCCUGCGCUAAAAGAAGACGGCUGGGAUACCGAUCCGUUCAUUCUUACUGAAAAAGAUGGAAAGCUCUAUGGACGAGGUAGUACUGAUGAUAAGGGACCAGUUCUUUGUUGGCUACACACGUUACAGGCUUACAAAGCACUUGAAAUUGAUAUUCCUGUUAACAUCAAGUUUGUCUUCGAAGGAAUGGAAGAGAGCGGUAGUGAAGGUUUGGAUGAACUUCUUUGGAAGAGGAAAGACAGCUUUCUGAAGGAUGUGGACUAUGUCUGCAUAUCCGACAAUUAUUGGUUGGGUACUAAAACUCCGUGUAUCACUUACGGUUUACGAGGAAUCUGCUACUUUACGAUAGAAGUUACUUGCGCUGCCAAGGACUUGCAUAGCGGUGUCUUUGGUGGCUGUGUAUACGAAGCCAUGCCGGACCUUAUUUACUUAAUGAACAGUUUGGUCGAUGUCAACGGUCGUAUUUUGAUAGACGGCAUCUAUGACCGCGUGGCAAAAAUAACAGAGGCUGAAUUGGCCACCUACAAAGAUAUAGAUUUUGACGUUGAUGAAUUCAGGAAGACGGUCGGAACUAAAAAGCUAGCGCAUAAAGAAGACAAGAUUCAGCUAUUAAUGUAUCGGUGGAGGCAUCCUGUUUUGUCUCUUCACGGGAUAGAGGGUGCUUUCAGCGAACCUGGAGCAAAAACGGUAAUUCCGCGAAAAGUCAUCGGCAAGUUCUCGAUCAGAUUAGUGCCUGAUAUGACUCCGGACGAGACGGCUGAGAAAGUGAUCGCGUACGUGAACAAGAAAUGGCAGGAGAGAGGCAGUUCGAAUAUUAUGAACGUGAGCAUGUUCCACGGUGGCAAGCCGUGGUCCGAGAAUCCCGAUCAUCCGCAUUAUAUGGCUGGGCGAAAAGCCACACAGCACGUCUACAAGGUGGAACCUGAUCUGUGUCGCGAGGGCGGAUCAAUCCCGGUUACUCUAACUUUCCAGGAAAUUACUGGUAAAAACGUAUUGCUCUUACCGGUCGGACAGGGCGACGACGGUGCGCACUCUCAGAAUGAAAAGUUGAACGUGCACAACUAUAUCGAGGGAACCAAACUGCUCGGAGCUUAUCUGUACGAAGUAGGACAAUUGUAAUGCUUCGAUAUCACCCGAGUUGGAUCGAUAUCACGACGAUAUCAAAAC